CAAGGACAUCAGGUGUCUGCAAGUUGCCCUUUUUACGACAGAGAGCUGGGCGACGAGAAGGCACAUCACUCUGAGAGCAGGGAAGACACAGGUUAUGAUUUUCACCAGACACCUCAGGAAGCGACCCCUAGCUAGCAACUACUUGGAAGGUGUAAAACAAGCGCUUGACGCGGAACUGCCACUCUGAGGGACUGCGAAAGGUUGAAAGAGAUACACUGCUGUACGGAGCGUCAUUCAUACGCGUACCUCCCUGCAGGAGGAGUGCCUCAGCAUCAGAGAAGAGCCAUCACAGCGGCAAACUCGUUUGUCUGGUAUUUCGCAAACGUCGCACUGUGCUGUUAAGAUCCCUGUGUUGCGAACUCUCCGUCCAUUCCGCCGUCGCCUUCGUCGUGAGGUGUCUGUUCUGCGGCGCAAUGUUGCUGGCGGCGUGGGUGGCGGAACGCGUGGAAGCUGACCCGAUCGCCGCCCUGGUACGCCGGCCGUCGAGGAGGAGACGAGAAAAAGCCAUAGAGGAUUUAGCCGUGAAGCCAAUUACACAGUUCCCAGUCAGCUUGGAUGAUGAGACUCCAGAGGAAAAAUACAGUAACUUCAAAGGUCUGCGGACAGUUACUAUCAAAAAGGGAUCUCAGGGCUUGGGCAUCAUGAUAAUUGAAGGCAAGCAUGCAGAAGUUGGGCAGGGUAUUUUCAUCUCUGAUAUCCAGGAAGGCAGUGCUGCUGAGCAGGCUGGCCUUGUUGUAGGAGAUAUGAUCCUCGCUGUUAACAAGGACACACUUCUUGGGUCUGAUUAUGAUUCAGCGGCAUCACUUCUGAAAAAGACAGAGGGUGUGGUCACACUGAUUGUGUGCAACCCAAACAAAGCCAAGCAGGAGGAGGAAAAGAAGAAUGCAACUGGAACUCCAUCACCAGGAGAAAGUAUGCCAGUUCAACAAGCAUCUUCUCCAACACCAAAGGAGCCGGAGAAGCCAAGACUUUUUCCAAAACCGUUAAUACCAUUGGCCAAACCACAAAAAACACCAUCACCAAAAACGGUCCGUGUUGUUUCUCCAACGUCAACUCCAACAUUGGUGGACUCUCUGUCACCUGGGACCUUUGUGCCAAAACCAUCACCGGUUCGUCCGACUGAACUGGUGACUGCCACCGAUACUUCUCCCUCGGCACGGUUGUCGCCCUCUCCAUCUGGUAAACGUCUGUCUUCCACUCCAGAGGAACCACCAGCUGAUCCUGCAACGUGUGAGAUUGUGCCAGGGAAGGAGACAACUGUGGAGAUAAAUAAGGACAAAAUGGGACUUGGACUCAGUAUUGUGGGUGGCUCUGACACCUUGCUGGGUGUGAUAAUUAUUCAUGAAGUUUAUCCCGAUGGAGCAGCAGCGAAAGAUGGACGACUCAAGCCUGGUGACCAAAUUUUGGAGGUUAAUAGUGAAGACUUUCGGAAUAUAACACAUAGUAAGGCUUUAGCUGCUCUUAGGCAAACACCUGCUAAGGUUAAAAUGGUAGUAUUUAGAGAUGAAGCAUCAACUAAAGAAGAUGAUAUAUUUGAUGUGAUGGAGGUUGAACUUACAAAAAAGCCUGGUAAGGGACUGGGACUUAGUAUUGUUGGAAGGAAAAAUGGACAUGGUGUCUUUAUCUCAGACGUUGUACAUGGUGGAACAGCAGAAGCAGAUGGGCGUCUAAUGAAAGGUGACCAAAUUCUUGCUGUGAAUGGUCAAGACUUAAAGAACUCGUCCCAGGAAGAGGCCGCAGCUGUAUUGAAGACAGCUACUGGGAAAGUUGCAAUGCGGAUUGGCCGCCUCAAAGCAGGCUCAAGGGGCUCUUCUAAUCCAGGCAGUGGUGACAGGAGUAUUGAAGAGUGCACUCAUCUGCAGCCCAGAACAGUCAUUUUGGAAAGAGGUCCAGAUGGUUUGGGAUUCAGCAUAGUUGGAGGACACUGCAGCCCACAUGGAAACUUACCAAUUUAUGUGAAGACAGUGUUUGAAAAGGGUGCGGCAGCGCGAGGAGGACAGCUGCGGCGUGGAGACCAGAUCCUGGCUGUGGAUGGACUGAGCCUAGAGGGGCUGACACAUCAGCAAGCUGUUGCCGUGCUUAAACAGGCCCAUGGGAAUGUCACUCUUACAAUACAGUCAUGAAGUGUAAUUUCGAGUGCAGUUGGUGACUUUUCAGUGCUCUACUAGUAAUAGAACAGUUGAACAUCAAAUAUCAUCAUAUCUGAGCCUUAUUUCACAUAAAUAAAUUCUUCUGGCUGUGUUA